AUGCCUCGUGUGGUUUCACAGAAUAAAUAUUUAAUCUCCUCCAUAAUCUUCUUGUUUCAACAAGUGGUGAAGUUGUGGGCAAAGGCAUGCGCCUGUGUAGCUCUCUCCAUCUUCCUCAUAGUUUGCAUCCCCUUUUUGAUCCUUGUGUUUCUACCCUUCUUCACUGCUUUUCUAUGGGCACUUUUUCUUUGUAAGAUCUUGUGUUUUUUCAGAUUGUGCCCGCAAUUUAGAUUUCUAGAAACGAAAAUAUUCUUCAAUUACUUGUCAUGCACUGCAACAAAAUUUAUAGGCAGCAGAAGCAGCACAUCCCAUUUCGAGUGUGAUUAUAAUCACAAGAUUAAUAAUAAUGAUAAUGAGUUAAUAGCCAAGUCACUUGAGGAUAAGCAGGAGAGCGUUGACUUGGAUCCCUCUGAGCUUCCAUGUCUGUAUGAAUCUGAUUUUGAUAUUGAAGAAGAACAUCAAGAGAUCAACGGCGAAAGAAGGGUCAAGGAAGGGACCGGUCAUAUUCGCACUUACCAGGAGGAAGGCUCAUGGCAAGUUGUGGUUUCAAAGCCUGCCCUGAGCAAGAAGAGAGAGCCUCAAUCGUUCUAUGAUGUUUUGUCGUUUUGGAAAUGCAAGGAGAAAGGGCAGGAGACAUAGAAGGAAAAAUCCAACAUCUCAUCUCUUAAGUGUAAAGAUUGUAUAGCUGGCUAGGACUUGUUGUCUUUUUUGACAUUGUGCAGUAAUGUUUAAUGGAUCUCCACCUUUUGUGAUUGUUUUCCAUUUUGACUCUUCCUGGCCUUUCUUAAUCACCGCAUUUCCCUAAUUCUUCUAAUCAAGCUCUGGGAGUUUCGAACCGUUGUUCACAGAGCUUACGCAAAUUAUAUAAAGUAAACUAAUAAGAAAAAGAACCUUUCAUCACUUGAUUAAUCUAACCUAACUUUGUGUGCUGAAGAGAAAAACUUUGCUGCGGCAACCAUGGUAGCCCUUUCUAUUACAUUUUC